AUGUCUUCGCCUACGGAAGGUUUGGAUCAGCAGUUUGAAAGUAUUAUUCAAUCGAUUGACACACUGGAACUAUCGGAUUUGGGAAUCUACAAGGCUUUUGCUCCUCUCAGAUGGCAUUUGUUUCGUUGCAAAUUGAUCAAAAGAGCAAAGCUAGCUGCAGUGAUAGCAAUUGUUGUGCUGGCUGUAUACUACGUUCCUGUGCUGAAUUGGAAUGCUGCUGCCGUUGGACGACUUACCAUGAUUCAAAUAUUGCCAUAUUGGGAUUGGAUUCCUCUUUACAAACAGCGAUGUUUGAUUAGAGAUUUUCCCGAAUUCAUAGAAAAGCAAAGUUUAUCACGUACAAACAUUCUACUCUCAUUUGAUGACUGUGCAGUGUGUGAAAGUGUUGAAUCUGUGCCCAAACUUGAAGCAAUUUCUUUUGACUAUUUGAAUGAACAUCAUUUAAUGAGAAACUUACCAGUAGUUAUUGCCGACUCUCAUGCUCUAUGGAAGGACAGAUCCUGGGAAAACGAGACCAUUUUCGUGGAAGCAUUAGAACCAUUAGUGUUGGCCAGACCAUGCAACGUGCAAACAAAUUUGAUAUUUGGUUCCCUAUCAUCCGGUAAAGCGGAAAACACUUUGGUCAAUCUUUUUGAAAUACUCAUUAAUGUUCACCGUAACGAUUCGUGGUUCCUGCAUUUUCGUAAUUGUGAGCUGAAAACGGUCAAACGAACACGCUUGUUGAUUGACAAACCCUAUUUUUAUCCGCCACAUCUGGAGAUGCCAUAUACUACGUGGAUAUUGAUGUCAAACAAUUAUCGAACGAAAUCACCUAAACAUUUGAAAAUGCAAGGAUUAAUUGUCAUCAUGCAGCUGAAGGAAGUGCUUCGGGUUGUUUUGAGAGCUAAAGCAGACUGUGAUCGAGUUUGCAGCGAGUUAUUGGUGGACUUAAAUGAAGGAGAGUCGUUGCUGUACUCAACAAACCUUUGGACGAUGGAAUAUGUACUAUCCGAAGCUCUAAAUGGAACUACGAUUACUUUUGUAACAGAGACGUAUCAGAAUUAGUGUCCGCAGUUUGAUACAUUUCAGUGAAAUCGAAAUUGUAUUUCUUCUUAAACGUCAUGUUUUAAGUUGAUAUAAUGAUUAUUUAGACAAAGCACUACAGGAUGGAUUUAUUUUUUUUUCUCCUUGAUUUGUUUUCCGUCGAUCUUGUUUUCCGUGCUGAGCACCAAGGCUACAGACGCCAGGAAGACAGAUUCCACAUCUGGACCCUACCUAUCGACCCAUCAACUCAUGAACCGGGGAUUAACGGCUUUACUUCCCGUGAUCAGAGAUGUUAUGCCUCAGAACAUCCCGGCGGCGC